AUGAUUCCAACUCACCAUUAUGACAAAGGAAAACGCGAUUGGACAAUCAGUCAGUCAGUUCAUCAUCCGCAUCACUAUCCCUCUAAUCAAGAGUCUCAAUCUUCAUUUCCAGUGUAUUCUCAACCAAAACACCAUUGUCCAAUUCAUUCAGUACCACCAUUUGGAAGCUUGAAUAGAUUCGAUUUUCUGUCAUCAUUUGCUGAUGAAAAAAAUGCAUUCUCCUCUGAAAUCUACGAUGACGAGAGAAGCCGUUUUUCCACCGAAUCUUCUUCUCAAGUCGACAACGCACGACUUCUGUUUGAGAAUUUCGUUUUGUCAGGAUACGGAGCUGAUUUCGAUGGUCUUCUCAGUCCACCAGCUACAAUUUCGAGCACUCAAACAACACUUUUCGGUCGUAACUCUGCUCCUCCAUACGAAACUCGAUACCCACCAUCACCAUCUUCAUCGGUAUUCUCGGAUCGUCCACGUGGAUUGUUUGAUACCAAUUUUAAUUUCAAUCAAUUUCCAAACCGAGAAUAUUCGUCGGCAAACGGGCACUAUAGGAAAUGCGAGCCGAUGUACACAGCUGAAGACGUUCACAGUGUAGUCAAGAAUCGUCGAACCGGGAAUGAGCCACGACUUGUCUCGAAUAAAGUCUUCGUGGGGGGUAUAUCUCAUUCUACUAAUCGCAAGAAUAUCAACACCUUUUUCGGACAGUUCGGAACAGUUUUUGUCGAUUGGCCGGUUAAACAUAAGAACAAUGGCCGUGGUGAGUCUGUGCUCUCCUCCUAUUCGUAUCUGUUCUUGGUUUAUUCCGACGAACAGUCAGUCAUCAAUCUGAUGAAUGCAUGCAAGAAUGCUGGAAAUGACUUCUUCGUUUCAGUUCCGGGAUGUGAAGAGCUGAUUCAAAUCCGUCCGUGGUUCAUCAAAAAUGCGUUCUACAUUGUUCCAAAAGCAGAGAAUACUCGUUGUAUUGAUGUUCAUCGUACCGUUUUUGUAGGGGGACUUCCGAGAAUUGUAACUGCCGAAGAGAUUGCUAUAUUGUUUGAGGAAUUCGGAAAAGUUCUUCUUGUCACAAUUGACAUUGAUCAGGAUUAUGCAUAUCCGAAGGGUGCAGCAAGAGUUGUUUUCGAAAGAGAUACCGCAUUCAACAGAGCUCUGGAGAAAAAGUUUCUCAAAUUUGAGAAUAUCGAUUCAAGCAAGACGAUCGUCGAGAUCAAACCAUACGUGGUUGAAGAUGUUGGGUGUGAUCAAUGUGGAGGUCUCUGGUUCAAUCCAUUCAUUGAUGUCUAUGAUCAAUUGAGUAGUUCUAUAAAAGACAAGAAGCAACAAGAAGAUCUCCUCUCGAAAAUCGAUGCAUGCCACCAGAAGUCUGAAAUUCCAACUGAGCAUAAUGUAUGCCAUGAGAAGGAAAAUGAUGAGAAUGAUGUGGUAACAGGGGCACAGAAGUUCCUUGCAAUGACAAAAUCAUUCGGUUUGGAUAAGCAGAAAACUGUGACUAUUGACGGAGUCGAAUAUCCCAUCGGACCAGCUCUCUGGUCUCGAUUCUUGCCACCACCGAGUUUCGAAGUUGAGAACGAUUCGGUCCAAAUGAGCACCGAUCAAAAAGUGAGAUCAUUCCUUCGAAUGAAACGUGCCAAUGUCUACAGUAACAAAAGUUCCUACUGCCAAGAUCGUCCUUGUCGUCAAUAUUAUUGUCCAUCAUGCUCCAAUAAACUCCAUUCUGGACCAAAUCAACACAAUUUGACUCCUGCUGGAAGACCAGAACGUCGUCCAAGAAAGGACAAAGAUAUGUAUCUGGUCACUCCCAGAUGA